CUGGCGAAUUACCUGUAACCCGUCGUCAUACUCGCAACGGCUUCUGCAUGAACGACAUCCCGAUGCCACCAUAGAGAGAAUCUCAUCAGCCCUCAGUUGGCAGAGGUUUUCUACGCCUUUCGCCCAUUGUAGCCAGUAUGUUUGGCCGAAGGAAGAGAGCGGCGUCGAACCCGCAUGCCAACAAUAACCUCAACGCGGACCCUUCUGCGACGACAGCGGCCGCCCAGGCGUUCCUGGCUCGAAGCAAAUCCAAUGCGACACUCUCCGCCGCCGCCGCAGCGGCUGCGCUGCGAUCGCGGCCGACAACUCCGACCAACGUCGCUGAGGUCCAGACGAAGCGGACGAUGCGCAGGGAGAAUUCCGGAUCCUCGAGAGCGAGCUCCGUGCCAGCGCGAGCAUCCUCCCAAUUGGAACGGCGACGGAGUUCUAGUUCGAUGUCCGAGAGGACAUUUCGCGAUCCAUCGCCAGCCAGAGGAGUCGCACGACCGAGCGCAUCAGAUGCGCCGCCUGUGCCGACAAUACCGGAGAACCUGAUUGAGCGGGCGUCGCCGACUCCAGUGAGGAGGCCGUCUAGCGUCCAGCCCGCGCCUACCCGUGUUUCAUCCCCACCAGUGAAUCCAGGGACCGGGAGAGGACUUAGUCUGCAACCUACAAUGAGGACACCAGCGCAGACGAGAUCCGGACCGCGUGUCACCAGUAUGUCCAAUAUUCAGGAGCUAACCAGUGUAGAUCGGCCGAGCAGUAGAGGUCAAGCUUUAAAUGGUAGUGAGCUUGUGUUUGACCCAAAUACGAGAACUAUGCGGACACGCGCCGAUAUGUUGUUCUAUGAACAGGGAUUACGGGAGGCUUCACAAAAGCCUGUUAUGAGGAAGAAGAGCCUGCGCCAAGGGCAAGGGUCUCAUUUUUUGGAGGGGUCGGUUGGGGGGAGGCUAAAGGGGACCGCGCUUGAUAGCAUACAAAGGCAGAACGUCCACGAGAGACAAGCGCAACAAACUUCGCAGGGUAUACUGAGUGAAGAGUUCCCACGGAGUCAACGAGUCGCAAGUCCGCGCAACAGCAUACGAGACUCAUCAGACAACGAAAGCGAAGCGUCGGAGAGAACGUCGAAAUAUAAUAGCCGGGCUGCGUCACAGCAGUUGUCAAAUAAACCCUCGAUGGUGAGGGAAGAGAGGCAACGGGAAGAAGACGAAGAUGAUUCCGUGAAGGUAUUAGGGCGCCAAGCGGCUCUCAGGAAAUUGGAAAGCGCCAAUCGCGAUGACCGUCAUAUUUCUCCGUCGCCCUUGCCUCGCUCAAAAUCUGGGAGAGCGAGGAAACAAGCUGGAGAUAUUGGUUCUAAUGUUCAACAAAACCAGCCACGGAUGGAGGUAACAGAGGCGCCGGUUACCCAGGCGGAAACCGUACCUGCACCGGCACCGAUACCUGCACCUGCACCUGCACAAAUACCGGCGCCAGCACAAGAAACAGCCCCCAAACCGGAAGCUCCGAUAGCUCUAGCGCCGCUCGACACGGCAACAAAAGCUCUUCGCAUGGAGAAACAGGCAGUAGACAGAGCGCACUCACUCAGCCCUACCCGUGCGCAUUUCCUCGCGACUCCAAGCCCAGUAAGCCAAUUUUCAAUACGCCACGAGCCGCCGGCACGGUCAAUAUCGCCGCGCAAAUCUGCGCUGAAACCAUCGCCAUCGCCGCGGGGCCCGUCUCCUAUGGGCUAUACCCCUACUGGUUGGACGGCUGGCCCCAGCUCUGGCGAUGUCUCCGAUGCGUCGACGAAUCAAUCCGAAGAACGAAUCGUGCCAAAGAAGAAGUCUGUGCGUGUUAGCUUUGACGAGCGCAACAAUGUUAUCGUUGGCGAAGAACCUGAGGCGUCCGAAGCCAGACGGCCGUGGACCAGCGGCUAUACCCGAGGAAGCAAAGCUACGUCUCCCAUCGAGGAUGGACCAGAUGAAAUUAUGGGCCCAAGGCCUGUGUUGCCGUCCUUCGGUAGCGUACGUAAGAACCAGCCCCGAGAUUUAGAAGAUCGCCCCCUGGUAAAGCCAGUGGGCCUUCAAAGCACCCCACCUGCGAUCUCUCCAUCGAAUAGCAGAAGCGAGUAUUUCACAGGCCAGUCUUCGGACUAUGCUGUUGGGUCUUUAUUGCAGCAGGAGCGGAACUUAAGGGCUGCGCCAAGCGUGUCUAAUUCGAACGAUCCACUGCCGCCGGAGGUUACUUCGGUCGAGGGAAGCGGAUACGUUUCCGAUAGUGGAAGUAGCACCCACAGCUUCGUGGUGGGGAAGGCCGCGGCUGUUCCCGAAGCUGUCAAAGAUGGGGACGCGUCGAAGACGGUUGAGGCUGGCGGAAAGCCCGGCUUUAUUGAGGAUCUUGGAGUUAUCCCGGAAGUCGAGACCCCGGGUGAUGAUGCUGCCCGCGAACAACUGGAGGAGUUUCCUACGGAGCCCCGCCAGGAUGAUGCGGCAGCCCAUGACUCCAAGACAAAUGGCAACGGCAAUGCUCCGACUUUCAUGGUUACACAACCAACACCCUUGCCAGAGCAAGGGGAGUUCCAGCAUCAAAGCCCCAGUGGUUUGAACGGCAAUACCUGGGAAUCUACAAAUGAAAAGGAGAUCCCACUAAAAGAUUAUAUUGCCGGAAAUGAGGUUGCAGGGGGACCAGUCGCCGUGCAAAAUAUUCUUGGUGGCCAUCCUGUCACCAUCAACGAGGAAUCUUCUGAUGGCGACAGCAUUUACAGCGAUGCCGCCGAAGAAUUAUCAGACAAUGGCGAUGGCUUCAUGUCUCUAGACGCCGUUUUAGAUGGCACGGAACCUAGUGUCAAAACCGCGGAGACGCCUAAAGCGCCUGAUUCGGGCGAAGGAUGGGAUGAAUCCCAGCGUUUCUGGUCCGGUUUGUCCGCAGAUAAACGGCGACAGAUGGAGCUCGACGCGCUUCUUGAGAACGACGAAGAGCGCGAAGAGUCAGAAGAUGAAGUGCCAGAUCUGAAGCCGCUGAAGCAAGCAUCUGUUGCAAAGGCUCAAACGACUGUCAGGGAGAAUCAACGGGCCAAGAACGCAGCCGCUGCGCUUGCGGUUGACCGAACGUAUCAGAUUGCCCCAGGUGCCAAGGCAGGACCCGACGGUGUGCCCAGUAUGAGGACCUCGUUACGUGCUCCAAAGUCCAGGCAGGAAGAGGGCCACAUGCGAAUGUCAAUGCGAGACAAUGCUGGAGGCAGCAUGCGAAGCAAUGCAUCUAGCCGUCCGAGGGGAGGAAAUAAGCUACAAGCUGGAGGUGCUGCGGCAGCAAUGAGGGCGAACGCUCCCAAGCCAGCGCCCACACCCAAACCAACGCUUCGCCGCAGCGCAUCUGUGGAGUCAGACAGCAGCUUUGUCCGUGACAGGCCGCGCAAGGAUAGCUUCCAGAUGAAGCGCUCGAUGCGAGGGUCUUACAGCCGGGAGACUCCCACGCUUCGUGGCCCCGGCCCAAUCGACGCGACACCUGCGCAAUCCAGCCGCUUUAGCAUCCGCUCGCUCUCUCCUUCCUCCCGCAGACCCUCAGUCAGUAGCACCACCCGCCCAACGCCUUCUCUCCGUUCUGCACCCGACGAACCUCCCAAAUCGCCUCGCCGCCUCUUUAGCCGGACUAAAGCAAUUCCAGCGCCAAAGGCAUUCAAGCCCAGUAGCCGUUUCGCCGACUCAAGCGACGAGGAGGACGCUCGCCCCGCGACUACCUUCCGCAGCCGCUUCGCCGACUCUAGCGACGAAGAGGACGACGUACCACCGCCACCUGUCACAGGGUCGUCCCGCCGCACACAGAGCUUAAGACCUAUACCGCGCUCCAGCGCCGUGGACGGCGACUCGAGCGACUUGCCUGAUAGCGAUGACUCGUCUCCCUUCCGCGGCGGUGCAUCUGGCGUCAACGCAGCCGCGCUGCGCAUGGCCCGCGCCAACUUCCAGGCUGGCGGCAACGCGACAGAAAUAUCUGCCGCUGAUUUCCGUGAAGCCCCGCGCAAGAAGGGGGGACUGAUGAGUAUCCUUCGUCGCAAGAAGCCGGAGCAGUCUGGACGCAUUCAGCGCACGGACUGGGGCGAGUCGGCAGCCAGGAGGGAUACGCCACUUGAGCGCAGCAAGGCCGAUUUGGAGGUUGUGAAGAGCAGAGAUGGGAAUGUGAAGGCGGCGCAGAGCCCGAGGUUACAGAAGAGAGCUGGGCCGUCGAGGACGGCGAGCUUCCAGGCCCCGCCUCCUGUUGAGGUGCAGGCAGAUGGGAGGCCGGCGACUAGUGAUGGGGUUGCUAAUGGGUGGAAGGCUAAUGGGGAGGGGGUUGGUGUUGUGAAUGGGGCUGGCGUUGUCAAUGGGGCAGCGGCAUCGAGGCCUGGGGUCCUAAGGCGGAAUAAUACGGCCGGGUCUGUGGAGAUUAUUGGGGGAGAUGGGAAGAAGAGGAAGUUUGGGCGGUUACGUCGCCUGUUUGGCAACUGAGUUGGAUAUCGUGUCUGGUUUUGGGUCGCUGCUGGUUGCUGUAAUACAUAUGGCCUGGGGAUGGGGGGUUCAAGGGGCUAAAAAGGGGAUAUAUACACGAGGGUCUGGCUGGGGGUUGGCGCAUUCACGGCUGGGAAAGUGGGCGGAGGAUAAUUCCUGGGGGAGUGUAUAUACGUUGUACACUACACAAGACCAUACGGCUUUUUCCUUAUGUUGCAUACAAGCUAUAAUAUAUAUACGAGA